GUCCCCAUCUGUUGACUCAGGGAUUGAGACAUGGCUGCACGAUCCGUUACAGCCAUGCAGAUAAGAUGCCUGUCAUCUCGACUGCUAGAGAUACGAGGCCGUUGGGAUCCAGCACGGUGUUCCGUAUUACCCUCCUGAACCCACCGAUUCCAUAUUCUACUUACAGUCAUUGGAUCUCGACCAACACAAGCAGCAAUGUCGCGAUACGAUAAACCACAAUCGCAAUAGGCUACAAUCCAACCUUUAUCAAAGUCGGAAACAUGAUGGUACGCAUUUCUCUUCCUUACACGAGGCAUCACAGCAACGUUUCACCAGGCAACACCGGUCAACUGCUGUUUGUGUAUGAGAAAUCGGUUGGAAACUUUCCUCAUGUCAGCAAAUUGUAGCUGUCGCCACCGGCGCCAACCUUGUGGAAAUGCUCUGAAAAGCUAAUCAUUUGCAUAUGACAGCAUCUUCUUCCUGUCGGUUAAAUUUCGCGUCUGUAGCACGUCAUCAUCUAGGUGUAGCAAUUUUAAUGGCCAGUAGUGUAUAUGCUUAUUGCUUGGUUUAUACUGAAUCCAAAAGUACGUGUGGUUUAACCUCUUCGUUCCAGCGGUCCACAAAUUUGGACCUACGUUCGUUAUUUUUCCACUUACAGACUGUUGGUCCACAAGCGUGGACCUUCUGUUUCUCAGUUUCAACACGAGAGCGCAGCACCUCGUAAGGAACGACUGAUGUAUUUGUUUACAGCUGAUUGUGCACUCAAAAUGGCUGCUACUAGAAGUUGGAAAGAUAUAAAUGAAAUAUUAACUGACGAGCAGUUGGAAGCACUUCUGAAUGACAGUAAUGCCGAAUUAUCUGAUGGGGAAGAUGACGAAUUUUCAUUUUUGGCUGGAGAUUUUCCUGUUGAACCUGAAGCCAAUGCUGAAGAUAAAGCAACAGUAGAUGAGACCGUGGAUUCUUCUGAAGAAUUAGACGAUAGAAAUGAUCCCCAAGACGAAAUUCUUGUUCCACAAUAUCUGCCAGUGCGAUCUAUGAAGUGGAGGAAGAAAGAAAUGCCAUAUUUGAAUCCUUGUGAGAGCGAAAUCCAUCUUCCAUAUUAUGAAGAAGAAAAAGGAAUUUUUGAAUCUUUCUUGGAAUACCUUCCUCUGACAUUCUGGGAAGAACAUGCACAACAAACCAAUUUGUAUUCACUUCAAAAACGACAACAUGAAUCUGUUAACACCAGUGGAGAAGAAAUGUUGCAUUUAGCUGGAAUACAUGUUGUUAUGGGAGUUCUGGGCUAUGCACAAAGUAAGCUGUACUGGUAGCAAGAUACUCAGGUUCCAGUUAUUGCUAAGUGUAUGACAAGAGACCAUUUCUAUGAACUGAGAAAUUAUAUGCAUUUUGUGGAUAACACAAGUGAGCACAAUGAGAAGCUUUGGAAGGUAAAACAUUUUCUUGAUUGUGUGCAGAAGAAGUGUCUGACCCUUCCAAGAUCACAUCAUCUUUCCAUUGACGAACAGAUGGUGCCAUUUUCUGGUAAAUGUGGCUUUGUGACUUACGUACCAUCAAAACCUAAUCCAUUAGGUUUAAAAUGCUUCAUUCUGGCUGCACCUGAUGGCCUUGUGUUGGACUUCAUGUUUUAUACUGGGUCAGGUACUGUGUCAGCUGAAGAUAUGAAAGAAUAUGGUCUCGGUGCAGCAGUUGUUAAGAUGAUGACAGAAAGUGUUCCUAGAGACAACCAGCAUUGUGUAUACACUGGUAGAUUUUUCACAAGUGUAAAAUCUGUAGACAUGUUGCUGGGAAGGAAAAUUUAUCAGACAGGUACAGUUAUGAAGAACAGAUUGGGUCCAAUAGUGAAGAAAUUGAAAAAUGUCAGGCUAUUUCAACGGGAGGAAUGGGAAGAAUGGGUUAGGGAAGAUGAUAAAAUUUGUCUUAUUAAGUGGAAAGACAAUAAAAGUGUCCUAAUACUCUCAUCAUGUGUUGGAAGCAGCCCUCCAACCACAUGUAAGAUGUGGUCAAGAGAGCAGAAAAAGAAGAUAGAUGUUCCUCAGCCAGUGGCAGUGAAGCUUUACAAUGAAAACAUGGGAGGUGUUGAUCUCUGUGACAGAUUUUUGUCGUAUUACAGAUGCUACACUUGCACAUCAAAAUGGCCUGUAAGAAUGUUUAAUCAAUUUUAUAGAUCUUGUGAUUGUCAAUUGUUGGGUGAUGUACCGCAGAUGGUGCUCAGAAAAUGAAAUACCCAAACAAAGAAGGUUGUCACUGAUGGAUUACAAAAUGCACGUAGGCAAAGCUAUGAUUAAUUACAAAUAUGUUGAGCCUGUAGCUAGAAGAAGAGGGCGCCCUUCUGUAGUCAAUUCCUCUGAUAGUGAAGAUGUAGAUGAUGUACAAAAUAUGGAUAAAAAGCCAAGAAGAGCUCUGUCACAACCAAUUGCAGAAGUUAGGUUUGACAAUGUAGGCCAUUUACCAAAAUUUGUUGAGGCAAAGAAUGCCUCAAAAUGCAGGAAUCAUGGCUGCAGUUCCAAGACAAGGGUCAUCUGCAUCAAAUGUGAAAUGUAUUUGUGUGUCAUGAAAAAUAAUUGUUUUGAAGCCUAUCACAAAAAGGAAAGAUUCAUUUACGGGCAAUAUCAUGUUAUUAUUUGGCAGAAAUUGUUGCAUGAUUUUUUUAUUUUCUUUCAUUUGUGGAGUAUCAACAGAAACCU